UAGACUGGGCACUUUUCAAUUGGCCUGUUAUUUCUGUCUUGUAACUCGAAGCAUUUUGGUACGAUUGUUACUAAAGGAAAUACGUACCAUGCAAGCAUCUAAUUUUUUCUGUGAGAAAAAAUCGAAAAAACACAGUGCAAAUAAAAGUAAUAUUUUUUUGACGAAAAGCAUUCGUGCAGCUGCAAAAAUGCUGCCCUCAGCACUCAUGCUUCUUUUUAAAAUAUUACUUAUUAGCAACAUGUUUUUUCGGAAAAAUUAGAUGGCCUUUUAUGAUAUUAGGUAGGUACUUACGAGUAUACACAAUAAGUUUUGUAGCUGGCAUAUUCCAUAAAAUCUACCUACCCUUUUAUUUCAAUAUUAAUUAUAUUAAUUUUUUUUCUAAUUUAUUCUUUAAUUAGAAGUUACUUAAAAUAAUAACGAUGUUGGGUAUCGUAGAACGCAAUUCCAAAUUGUCGAAUUUGUCCGAGAAUAACCAAGCAAGAAUAGAGUCGAUCAAAGACCAUCAAUUGAUAUAUUGUUUCACUCGAGUUAUUUAUACAAAACCAAUAGAUAAGGGAUGGAAGCUACAGCAAAUGGGUUUCAAGUGGUUGAAAACGGCGUUUAUAGCAUCCAAUUCCCCCGCUGAUCUGCAGUUUCAAAAUAACUCCUGAACAUCCUGCUGUUAAAAAAUUAGAUCGCAAUGAAAAUUGUUUACCUGACAAUAAUAUUCGUACUCGUUAUAGUCGUUAUUUUGUUGUUGCUUUUUUCAAACGACUUUGUGAUGGUGAAAAAUUCGAAUACUUCGGUUAGGGUGAAUGUUAUGCGCGCCAUUUACAUCGAAAACGGAAAAUCAAAUGAUUCCGGUGGAGAACAUGUGACUAAAACCAAGAAAAAAAUCAGAUGCCAUAUAUCGAAAUUUAUGCUACAACUAUACGAGAAUAAUAAAACUGGGUUAAAUAAUUCUAUCGCCGAUGUUGUUCGAAGUGUAGUGCCAAAACACGCUGACUCCUUUAAUGACCAUGCUAUGUUGGAGGAUUUAGCAGAAAGCCAUUUAUUGAUAUUUGACUUACCAGAAACCAAUAAAGAUGAAAUUUUCACAUAUGCAGAAUUGAAAAUAUUGACCUUAAUUGAUGGAAAGAAAGACUCAACCACAGGAAUCGAGAAAAAGAUAUCAUUAUUUGUCUACGAUGAACUAAAACAGGAAUUUAUAAAUGCACACGUAUUACAUGUGUACCAUUCAAACGAUACUUGGUUAUCUUUCAAUCUAACAGAUCAAGUAGCAAACGUUUUGAAUAGAACCAACACAAACCCCAAAAAUUUAAAAGUAAUCAUCACAUUAGCUCCAAUUGUGUCUAUAUACAUUGAAGAGGAGAAUAAGUUAAAACUAUCACUUCUUCCACGAGAUAAAGAUAAUUUUGAUCACGAUUAUCCUAUAUUGAUUCUCUCUUACAUUUCGAAAACAAAUCAAAAAGAUCAGAGAAUGAAAAUAGAAAAAACUAAUGAUGUGAAACGAAGAAAAAGAUACAUUGAAGAAGACGAUGAGGAAGAAAGCAAUAGUAUUUGGGAUGAAUUGGUAUCUAGGAAAACGUACGAAAAGAAAUUGAAACGUUUGAGGAAUUUGUGUAGAAGAAAACCUCUGUAUGUUGAUUUUGCAGAAAUAAGAUAUGAUGAGUGGAUUGUCCAACCCAAAGGAUAUGAGGCCUUCCAAUGUCAGGGUAAAUGUUUUUAUCCCGUUGCAGAGCACCUAAGUCCCACAAAACAUGCAAUUGUUCAAGCCUUGCUUCACAGUGUAUCACCAUCAAGGACAUCUAGAUCGUGUUGUGUUCCUACAAGCCUUGAUUCGAUAUCAAUUUUGUAUAUAGAUAACAAAGGAGUGUUAACCUAUCGAUAUGCUUAUAAGGAUAUGGUAGUUUUAGAAUGUGGAUGUAGAUGAAAAAUAGGAAAAGAAAUUCAACAAAGAGAAAUGUAAUAAAAGAUAAAUAACAGAUAA